UUUCGGGUACCCUGUGGCACGUCAAACGUUCGCACGUGACACAGCAAAACAAGAUGGCUUCCACGUGGUUAGCAAAAGAUGUCGCUAUCCCUAACUAAAAUCAAAAUUGUACGCGCAAACUUAAAGAACACUUAAAUCAUGUCUCGUCUAAUUGUAAAGAACCUUCCUCAAAAUAUCAAGGAGGACUACUUUCGCUCUAUAUUUGGCGCAAAGGGAGAGAUUACUGACAUCAAAUUGUGUAGAACCAAAGAUGGAAAGUUUCGACGUUUCGGGUUCGUUGGGUAUAAGACCGAGAAACAAGCCGAGAAUGCGCUUAAGUACUUCAAUAACUCAUUUAUCGACACCUCUAAGAUCCAAGUAGACCUUGCUAGGAAUCUGGGUGAUAAGGAUGCCCCGAGACCAUGGAGUAAAUAUUCCGAACAUAGCUCUGCUUAUCAGAAGAAGGUUAAAAAACUGCUUGAAAAGAACGAAGACAAAGUCGGGGCUAAGGAUGAUAAAGUCAUGAAAAAGAAAAAGUCCAAAGAAAAAGUCAAGGGAUUGGAAGAAUUGGAUGAGGAUCCUGAGUUUCAGGAGUUCGUGAGUGCUCAUGAAUCACGCAGUAAAAAGUCAUUGUGGAGCAACGAUACUUUAAUAUCGAAACAGAGAAACUCAAAUGAAAAGGAGACCGAGGUCUCCCCAAAGAAGAUGGCAGUAAAAUUUGAAGAUUCUGAUGAGAGCGAUGAUGAUGUACCAAUGGCAGAUAAGCUGACUGAAGAUAUGGAACAAAAUACUGAUGACAACAGUAAUACUGUUGCCAAAGACUCCUCUAUAUCUGAUAUGGAUUACUUGCGGACAAAAGUGACAUCAAGCAAAACAGAGUCUGAUACAGAUGUUAAUAAGGAAUUUGAUUCUGAUGAUGAUCGGGAGGAAACAAUUGAUGCUAGUAAAAACCCUGAUGGUUCUUCUGAUGUUGAUGAGCCACAGGAAACUCCUCAACCAGAUAAACCCAAGCCAACAACCCCUUGGACUUGCAAGAUGAGGGGACUCCCAUUCAAAGCAAAAGAAAAGCACAUUUUAGAGUUUUUCUCUCCACUGAAACCAGUGGCUAUCAGGUUUGUCAUGAACAAGAAAGGCCAACCAUCAGGCUGUGCAUUUGUGGAUUUUAGUAGUAAAUCAGAUCUUGAAAAAGCAUUAAAAAGAAACAAGGACUAUCUGCAGGGUAGAUAUAUUGAGCUGUUCAAGGAUACCAACAGAGACUUUGAUAACAAUAAACAAGGCGAUGGUGAGAAAUCAUGGAUGCGGAAACUCCAGGAAAAAGGAGAUGACGAAGAAGAGGAGCCAAUUGGAGAGUCUGGACGACUGUUCCUUCGUAACCUUGCUUACAGCUGCUCUGAGGAGGACAUCCAGCAUUUGUUUGAGAAGUUUGGGCCAUUGUCAGAAGUCAACCUUCCAUUAGACAAGCAUACAAAUAAGACCAUUGGCAUUGGAUUUGUCACAUUUCUUAUGCCGGAGCAUGCUGUCAAGGCAUUCAAUGAACUAGAUGGAACAGUCUUUCAGGGGCGGUUACUUCAUAUACUUCCAGCUAAAGCUAAGAAGGAGGAAAGCAAUGAUAAUGAAGCAGAGAGCAUAUCCUACAAGAAGAAGAAUGAAGAGAAGAAGAAAAAACAGAGCGGUAGCGACCACAACUGGAACACCUUAUUUCUAGGGUUGAAUGCAGUUGCUGAUGUCAUGGCUGACAAGUACAACACCUCAAAGAGAGACAUUCUGGAUGCUGAGUCAUCACAUAGCCUUGCGGUCCGCAUGGCUCUGGGGGAGACUCAGCUUGUUGCUGAGACCAGGAAAUUCCUGACUGAACAAGGAGUAAAACUAGAUGUUUUUGGCCAGGCUGCUGCAAGUAGGAGCAAAACUGUUAUCGUGGCCAAGAACCUUCCAUAUGGUACAAAUGCAGAAGAGCUAAGGACACUGUUCUCAGCAUUCGGCCAACUAGGAAGAGUUAUUCUACCACCUUCUGGAAUCACAGCUCUUAUUGAAAUUCCUGAGCCAAGUUUGGCAAGGAAAGCUUUCCAGAAACUUGCUUACUCAAAGUUCAAGAACUCACCUUUAUAUCUUGAGUGGGCACCACUUGAUGUGUUCGUUGAGGGACAACUAAAGAAAGAUUCUUUAGAGAAAACAGACAAGGAUGCUGAUCAAUCUGAAGAACAAAAUGCUGGAAGUGAUGAGGAGGACACAGAGGGUGUAACCCUGUUUGUGAAAAACCUGAGCUUUGAAUCAACAGAGGAAGCAUUAAAACAAAAAUUUGCUGCUGUAGGUCCUGUGAAGAGUGCAACCAUCGCAAAGAAGAAGGACCCUAAGAAGCCAGGUAGCCUCUUAUCUAUGGGAUAUGGCUUCGUUGAGUUUUGCAAUAAAGCAUCAGCACAAGAAGCUUUGAAAUCCCUGCAGCACUCUCAACUGGAUGGUCAUGCCCUAGAAUUGAAGCAAUCUCAUCGGAAAUCAGGAAAAGAAGAGUCCAAAAGAAAGAAAUCUGCCAAACAGAAGCAAAAGAGCUCCAAGAUACUGGUCCGUAAUGUCCCAUUUGAGGCAACAACUAAAGAGAUAAGAGAGCUUUUCAGCACUUUUGGAGAAAUCAAAACAUUGCGUCUGCCCAAGAAGAUGACAGGCACAGGUCCCCAUAGAGGUUUUGCAUUUGUGGAUUUCCUCACCAAACAGGAUGCUAAGCGUGCCUUUGAAGCACUAUGCACCAGUACCCAUUUGUAUGGUCGCCGUCUGGUGUUGGAAUGGGCAGAAGAUGAAGAUGAUGUUGACACACUCAGAAAACGUACCGCUGAUCACUUUCAUGGAGAACAAAAGAAAACAAAAAAGAAGAGCAUCCAAGACUCUCUUAUGGACGCCAUGUCUAUCGACGAGUAGAAGCCUUAAGACGAAGAGACAAAGACAAUUGUCCUCUAUGGUUUGAUGGCAAGGACCGCAUCACAAAAUGCAGCGUCGGUUGUUCUAGCCUGUACGUUGACAAACCCGUGUUUCUGGAAGAGUUCUUUGUAUUCUUGUGCUGUUCUCUCGCGAGAGCCACUAUCAGCAAACGCGAGCAUUAACAUACUCAUUAAGUUGCCAGUGAUGUGACCUGUCUUGUCCUCUGGUAGCAGUAUCUCUCCUAGGAGCACUCCGCCACCUAUUUAAUACAAUAUUCAAAACAGUUCAGUGAGAAAAUCGUUUGCUUUUGAGGUGCGAAGGAGUUUGAGUAAUCAGUAAAAUAUUUCUUUACAUUCCCCAAUGAAACAAAGAUUGUUUUCUUCUUCCCA